CUUCCUUUACCAUUACGCCAAGAGCCCGAACCAUACCAAGCCCUCCGAACUCGGCUACUAACUUCUUGAUGUGUUUGGGAACACUUAGAAUUUAAGACAACUUCUAAGGUUGGUUAGACCUUUUUAGAAAGACCUUUGAGUGACUCUUCAAUUCAAGAUGGAGGGAGUGGUAAGAGUAGUCGCGUUACUCCUUUGUAUCGCGGUAUCAACAAGAGCCAAGUUUUCAGAUAAAGCCGACAAAUGCUGCCCAGACGAGUGCUGUAAUGGUAUCUUAUUCGGAGGACUAACUGGCAAUGCACCUGAGUUUUUACCGAAGGACUGCAAUGACAUCAGAGAAUUGGGCGGAGGAAAGGAUGGUCUGUACACCGUUUAUCCUGCCUAUGUUGAUAGCUGUGAAGGAGUCAGGGUAUACUGUGAUCAAGCAACUGAAGGGGGUGGCUGGACGGUGAUCCAGCGACGUAUGAAUGGCUGGGUGGACUUUGAGCGUGGAUGGGACGAAUACCGAAACGGUUUCGGGUUCUUGACUGGGGAGUUCUGGCUCGGUCUCGACAUCAUUCAUCACAUUUCAAUCCAGGGGCCCUAUGAGUUGAUGGUCUUCAUGGAGGACUGGAGGUUCACUAUAGUCAAAGCCCACUAUUGGAAUUUCUGGCUUGGUGAAGAGGCUGGAAAUUACACCCUCCACGUUAAGAACUACGACCCCAGCAGUGAUGUUGGUGAUGGUCUCUCCCAGCACAACGGGAUGAUGUUCUCGACCGUCGACCGUGACAACGAUCGUUUCUUGGGUAACUGUGCCGUCGAUUACACGGGGGCUUGGUGGUACAACAGCUGCCUCCAGUCCAACCUCAACGGCCGGUACCUACGCGGUAACUCGCCUAGUGCUUACGGUCAGGGAAUCGUCUGGAACCCUUGGACUGGGUACACUUACUCCCUCAAAACUACGGUCAUGAUGAUACGCCCAAGGAUUUAGUCACAUGUUUUCUAAUGGGGGCCGCCAUUUUUUUUUAACUGGUACCCUGGUUUUAGUCCAAUUAUGGUUUCAAAAGAGGCCGCCAUUUUGUUUUAACUGGUUUCCUGUUUUUCAGUCGGUGGAAAACUGCGGUCAUGAUGAUAUGUCCAAGGAUUUAGUCACGUGGUUUCCAACGGGGCCGCCAUUUUGUUUAAACUGGUUCACUGCUUUUCAGUUGGUGCGAUGCUGAGUACAAUUAUUUCAUAAAACAGAAAGUUUUGCUUGACAAAUUGAGUGAGGGACCAGCCACUAGUAUGCAAACUUGAUUCAGUUUUGGCUGGUAACCUGUUUCUGCUAAGCAAUACUACUCUGUGCUUAGAAAGUUUUGGCGGCAACUAAUUUAUCAGAUGAAUAUAGAGCGGGGAUUAGAAAGAACGAAGAAACUUUCAUUUGGCAUUAAUCAAAACAUAAUCCAUGUUUUAAAAAAAAAUUCUUUGAACAAGAUGUCGAAUUUCAAAUUGCAGGAUCUGAAAAAUGUCUGUACCUUGUUUAUAUAAGUUAGAACAUAUUUUAAUGUUAAAUAAAAAAACUUAAAACGAAUCCAUAAUUCCUAAACGUUUACAUCUUUUACCGUGUUAAUAAUUGGUAAUUUUUAAUGGUAUUUUUCCAUUCAAAAAUUUCUUGUUUAAUUUGUGUCAGGUAUUGAUGUUCUUUGCAAUUAAAUUGUAAAUAAAUUUUAUAAUAAAUAAUAAAAUGAAGCCAGUAUAAACAAAUACUGUUUAAGAAAGUGCGUUUACAUGGAAGUAUUGGUGAACAGUGAUGAAAAGUGAUAUUAAUGAAUAUUUCUUAAGAAAUAAAGUAGACUAAAUUGUGCAAUGUUAAGCUUAUGUUGAGAAACAUCGAUUCUAAAAGAUGUGAAAUAAAAAUGAUUUAAUUUGAUUCAAAUUA